GGAGCGGAAGCUCAGUGCGGCUGAUGGUCGCCUGGCCCGUCGUGUGUUAACCCCGCGGGGGACGAGAGGCUGUCGGGCUCCGGCAGCUGGCUCCUCCAGCCACUCCAGCGUGUUUCCUAAGUUCAUUUAAAGCGAAUGAGAGGAGAAGUUAACUCCGGUGUUCCGCCCGAGGAGGCCGAAUAAAGUUACCGAGCAACACCCGGAAGUCUCCGUGGCGACCGUGGACCGCAGAGCUGCACUCAUCCCGUUGCCGUUUACGACUACCAGCCCGAGUCACAUGACGUCUUGCCAAUACCAGCUGUGUCCAGCUGAUCUACAGGCCGGAGAAAAGAUGGGCUGCUGCUUUAGUAAGGAGCUGAACCCCGACGGCCCCCCAAGCGAGAGGAGCAGUUUGUUACAGCCCCCGCUCCACAACGGGCUGACCGAGGUGACGGAGCAGGUCAGGCAACACGCCGCGGCCGUGGCUCAGCAUGUGUGCUUGGAGGGAGAGGAGACGAGUGUGCCGGGCGGACCGGCCCGGAGGACGACUCUGGAACAUGAGGCAAGAAUUCCAGGACUGGACGACAAAGUUUGCACAUGGGUCGCUGUGGCCGGCAGGGACAGCGAGACCUGCAGAGUGGGGGAUCUUAAACCGGUGGAGGAGAAGGAGGCUAUUAUUAUCACUACCAGCACAAAUAUACAUUCAAACAGGGACACAGAGGCUGGCGUUCUUCACACUCCCAGGCCGAGCUGUGAGCCGGCUCCCUAUAUGGAGGUGCUCACACAGAGUCCCGUCAGACAGAAGAUUCUGGAGAAUGCCCGGGCGUUGUGGGUCAACCAACUCCCAGAGGGGCACAAACCGGCGAGGUGUUUGUCCGCUCCCACCAGGUUACCCACCGCCAGCGUCGCAGUGAGCGAGGUGUCGGGCGACCAGCUGGCCAGUGUGUGUCGGGGGACACAGCGGGAUCACCCCGAAGCUGUGCACGAGGACGAGGAGGGCGACGAUGAGGGCGACGACGAGGUCGGCGUCGUCACGACAUUGUGUCAAGGUUUCGAAACGAGGACCCGGAGCUUCUACAGCAUAUGUUCCAUUGACGCCGAUGACCUUGAACACGACCAGGAUCACAUCCGAUCCCAAACAGCUGGAGCGAUGCGAGCCCCAGGAACAGCUGAAGCAGGAACAGCUGCUCUGCCCCGCACGGCGGAGUCUCCCGUCCACAGCCAAUCACUCACAGAAGUAUCCGCAGUCCUGCAGACGUACGUCACGCAGUCGAACACAACCUGCCAGUCACGCGAUGCCAAGGAGGCAACUUCAGCACAGUUGCACUCUGCUGAACAGUCUUCCACCAUCUUGUCGCAUAAGUCACUCUCGGGAGAAGAAACCGCCGCCUCACCUCAUCCAGUCAUUCCUCCACAGCUGGUCGACUCUCCACCUGACCCGCCGCCCCCAUUAGGGCGUCAAAUACAGGCGGAGGACCCUCAGGUGUCCGCACCACACAGCCCUCGGCCUCGAGAUUCUGAUUGCCCGAUAGCUGCAAAGGCCGAUGAGUCAGAGGAUGACAUGACGAGUGCAUGUGAGGAGGAGGAGGAGGAUACCGUGGUCACAGAGGAGAGUGUGCACCUGGAGGACCACAGAGCAGCAGAGGAUCGGAGUGUGGACGAGAAGCUCGUCCAUGGUUCACAACCAGCCGCUGAGCCGGAUUCUCCCAGCUCCUCAGAACUCGACCUGACGCGGCUGCACGAGGAGGAGAGUGAUGAAGAUGAACCCUCCCUGCAGUUCAUCACUGUCCCUGUGAGCAUCACCGGUGAGGAAGGAGAUGUCGUCCACUGCGGCACAGCAGAUACAACUCUCACAGAAGUAACGUCGGUCUCCACCAUCUCCACUGCGUCGUUGCCGCUCGCCGAACUCGCUGCCUUUCCCCGUCACGCACACUCGACAAACCUGUCAGAUUUAGCCGAAACCGCAUCUCGCCAAUUUGACUCAUCAUAUAAAGUUGACGUUAACUCAAACGAUCAGACUUUAGUAUUGAGCCGCGUUGAGCCCUGGAAUCAGGACGACCAGCCUGCGUUUACCGGCUGUGAUCACGUCGAUGCCGGGUUGGAUUACUGUGACAUACAGACUCACGGCUCUGACGGCGAAGUAGCGUCGGGCUCGGAGGUCCCCGUGAGCCGAGGUGACGCACAGGCCGUCGAAACGCCAGACCCAGAAUUUCACGUGGUCACAGAGGAUUUAACUGAGACUGGCCCAAAAGCCUCUCACCUAGAGAAGAGUGAUGAAAGAUGUGAUGAGCGCCGUGACGACUGUGCAGCUACGGGGUCGGGCCCUGAGGUCGCAGAAUGUCAAAGGUGUCUCACACAGCCGCCUCCUCCUCCUGCCAACGACGAGCUCUCUGUUGUCGUCUGCUCCUCCACUUCCUCGUCUCCUCGCACGUCUUCUCAGGAAGCCGAGCAGACCUUCUGUGAAAGCAGCCAGAUCCAAGUAAAUCCACUGGAGAAACUUUCUGCGUCUGAAUGUGGGGGAGAAGAAGAAAUGUCAGCCACGCAGGCGUCUCAGGUUUGCCCCUUCUCUGUGUCAGCGAAUCGGGAAUCUCCACCUUCCCAUGAACCCCCAGAAAUGUUAACGUCCUCCAGUGUUUUCUCUGACUGUGUGAGCUCUCGACUGGACGUCGAGGGCGGUGACACCGCUGAAUGUUUACCCCAGUCUGGAGGUCCGUCAGCUGGACAUGACCCGGAGGAAGUCAAUGAGAUGAAGACGUUAGAGGAGGAGCGAACCACAGCGGACGAUAAUAUUUCUCCAGGAACUCCAGAGACGCCAUGUGAAAGUGCAGAGGUCCACGCAGACACCAGCGCCUUUGACAUGUACACGAUUCCUGGCGACUGCAGUUGUCAAGACGACAGAACUUUGGUUUCGGACCGUCGGGGGGUGGACCCCGGUCAGAUCGACGUCCACGCCUCGACUCCGUCCUACGAGAUCCACUUUCACAGUGACGGGCUUCCGUCGUCGUCUGCAGAGGAGGGCGAGCGCGAGGGCGGGAUGAGGGAGAUGGUGUCCGAGCUGCUGGGAGAGGACGCCGGCGCCUCGGUCUGCCGUCUCUACCCGCAGCCCUGGAUCCGGCUGGGUGUGGAGGACAGCUGCGGGGGGUGGGCCUGGGGGGCUUUGGGGGCCCAGGAAGAGGGCGAGAGCGGGACGGGUGGCGCCGACGAAGACGCAGAGCAGCUGCCGGCCUCGGUGUCCGAGCUGCAGCCGUCCAUGGCUCUGCUGGGGGCGUACCCCUACAGCACCGUGAUGCCCCAGGGGUCGUGUGUGUGGGACUGGCACUCGGACUGCACUCAGCCAGCGCUCGUCGCUGCUCCGAGCCUGAACCCAGAGGCCGAGGUAUGGACCAAUCAAAGCUACGACCUGGAAGUGCAUGGCGCCGCCCACCAGGCCCAGACGCCGUGGCUGCAGCUCUCCGACAACAUGAUGACCAAUCACGAAGGGUUCCUGUCACAGUUCCAGCUGGAGAACAUGAGCCUGGUUGAGGCGGAUCCCGGCCCACUGGAGUACCAGACGCUGACUACAGAUGAAGCACCUGUAGUUAAUGGAGAGUCCAGUUACCCACCGGUCACAGAGGAGAUGAGAGAAGGGCUGAGGACAGUUCUGGAGUUCUGCCUGACCAGGCAGCACCUGGGCAGCGACCUGUACCUCACGUCUCAGAUGGACGGCGACCAGUACGUUCCCAUCGCGACUCUCGCCAGCCUCGACAAGAUCAAGACUCUCAGCACAGACCUGGACCUCAUCUCCGACAUCCUGACAUCCCUGCCGCUGGUCCAGGUGGCCCCGUGCGGACAGAAGGUUCGGCCCAGACAGAGUCGAUGCGUGGUCAUCCUUCGCGAGAUCCCCGACAGCACGCCUCGAGAGGAGGUGGAGGCUCUCUUUGACGGCGAUGAUCUGCCCGAGUUCCUGAGCUGCGAGUUUGUGAGCAACGACAACUGGUUCGUCACCUUCAAAUCCGAGGCGGACGCACAGCAGGUCUACAAGUACCUCAGAGAGGACGUCCGGCUGUUCAAGGGGAAGCCGCUGAUGGUGAGGAUAAAGGCCAAGACCAUGACGGUCCCUUCCUACGCGCCGAAAAAUGGCUACAGUCUUCAAACGCAGCUGGAACAGUGCGGCGACCAUUUUGCCUCCUACUGUCCCACGGCGACGACCUACCAGCAUCCGCCGCCGUACGACUUCACCAACAAGACGUGGGACGCCUCCGUGUUCCACAAACAUGCUGCACCUCCAUCCAUGAACGAGUUGAUGAAUGUAUUCACGGCAGCGUCCAACUUCAAACCUCACAACCCUCACAGGCCCAGGAGAGGAUCCCGGUGGUCGAACUCCGGAGACCGUUGGCAGAGCGACUCCUCGCACGCGUCGGGGAGAUCGCCGGCAGAGCGCCCCUCCUCCUCCUCAUCCUCGCCCAGCUAUCCGGGCCGGGCGUGGCCACGAGGCAACGGGCGCCAUCCGGGCAGAGGCGGGAGGGCGGAGUCCAACAGGAGAGGAAACGGCCCGAGGAGGAGGGAGAACCCGAGGUCGUCGUGGGACAAAGCUGCUUCACAAAAUCCACCAAGUCGGCCUUCUCCUCCUCCUCCUCCUCUCGAGCUCGGGCCGACGAGCUUCCCUCCCCUCGUUCCGGCAAACGGUGGCAGCAUAGCAAGUGUACUCGGAGCACAGGGUCCAGUCGCCAGCAGCAGCAGCACAACGUCCCAGGAGCCUGAUCAAGUCUCGCAGUCGGACGUGACCGAGGGAGCCGGGGUGGCGAGCGAAGCCGGACCCGCCCGGCUCGCACAGGAACCAGUCACAGAGUCCAAGAAGCUGAGCUACGCCGCUAUCUGCCAGAGAGCGCCAUCGGCGUCCAACGGGCCGCCGAUCCCACCCGCAGACAACGCCCCCUCGGAGUCCAGCACACCCAACUAACCCUGUCCCGUUGGCCACGCCUCCCGAUCCCAGCUCUGUUACCAUGGUAAUAAGACUGAGAGGAGGACGCUUUUUCUUUUUCUUUUCUUUUUUUCUAUGACUAUUUUAUAAGACGAACGUGUGAGUGACUAUUACACUUUUUCAAACUGUACAACUGAAGCAGCAUGUUUAGUGUGAAGAGCUCCACAGUCGUUAGCAUCUGAAUCUGGACCAGCGGUUUUGGACCGGCGCCGGUACAGAGGUCACGUCCUCGGGCACGUCCUCGGGCACGCUGUAGCUGGAAAGAGUCUGUCAAUGUCCAUCUGCCACUUUUUACGUUGGUUUAAUUUCUUGGUUUUCUGGUUCAGGUCCGCUUAAUCGAAAAAGAGCUGGGUUCCCAUUUUGUUGAUUUGGUGUGUGUGUGUGUGUGAGGAUCACACCUCUGAACGUGAACGUACGAUCCUGUGAAAAGCUUUGAAUAUUAAUCCUUUUAUUUGAGCAUGAUUUAUUUUUUAUUUUUUAGAAUUUAAUUUAUGUCGUAAUUUGUUUUAUUUAUGUCAGUCGUCGGGGAGUGUGAUUCGGUGUCUCGCAGGGGAAGCGUUCUCUUUUCCGGCCGGGAGCUGUGGAUUUUCGUACAGUCGUCCACGUUUUUCAGCAAAAGAACCCGAAUAUUAUUUGUUUUUGAUGACUUGAGUUUGAUAGUUUUGAGUUCAAAUGUUCUUCUGUUUCAAAGUCUUGAAAUUUUUUUAAAUGUUAGAGCAGGGACGAUGGUUACGGCACGCGCGUUUCUUUUUUUCUCUUUUUUCUGUACAGAUGUACAUAAUACUGAAGGACGAUUAAAGAAGUGCCUUUGAAGUUAAAAAA